AUGUCAAUUAAUAGAGAGAAUGUUGAUAUUAGGGAGGAUAUGCCUAAUACUAUUAGAGAGUCUAUCUCAAAUGUGCAUGUUCAACAUAAGCAAUCUGACAUGUGGCAACACGUUGAGAAAAUUUUCAAUGAGAGAACCGGCAUAGCAGACCAAACGAAGUGUUCGUAUUGUGGAAAGAUAUUGGUGUAUAAUUCGAUGAAUGGAACUUCUUCUAUGCGUAAGCAUUUAUCCAAUUAUAAAGUGUCUACUAUAACCGUGGAUAAUGCUAGUGCUAAGGACGUGGCAAUCGCUUACUUGAGGAGCAAAUUAGCACUACUUCUGGAUGGUGAGUUCUUCCAUAUGAGAUGUACUGCUCAUAUUAUGAAUUUGAUCGUGAAGGAUGGUCUUAGUGAGACAAAAGAUUGUAUUAGCCGAAUUCGUAAUUCGAUUAAGUAUGUGAAGAGUUCCCCUGCUAGAGCCGAAACGUUUCAGAGAUGUGUGAAAGAAGAAAUGAUUGCUUAUAAAGGUGGUGUGUGUCUUGAUGUUGCUACUAGAUGGAAUUCCACCUAUUUGAUGUUAGAUGUUGCAGUAAAAUUCAAGAAAGCUUUUCAGAGGUUGGAAGAUGAGGAUCCCAACUAUAUUACGGAUUUGUCACAUGAUACACCUUCUAACGAAGAUUGGGAAAAAGCAAAUAGACAGUUGGUAUUGUGCUUGAAUGACUGGGAGAAAGACACAAAUCCAAUACUUAACAUGUCAAAGAAAAUGAAAGAGAAGUUUGAUAAGUAUUAUGGAAGUGUUGAUAGAUCGAACAUGAUGGUAUUGAUUGCAGCGGUUUUAGAUCCUCGGUUUAAAAUAAAAUAUGUGGAGUGGGGGUACAAAAAGAUUUAUGGCAAUGAUUUGCAAAAGGUUGGGUUGAUGUCUAGAAAGUUAAGAGAUUUGUUACAACGGUUGUAUGAUUUCUAUGUGGGGGUUGUAUCAGGUUUCCAAGAAAGCCAAACUUCUUGUUCUUCCCAAAUUACCAGAAUUGGCCAGUCUUUAGUUACUGGUGUGAGUUGUGAUGAGAUUGCGUACGACCCCUCCUUAGACGAAUAUGAGGAGGAGAUGGAGGUAGAGAUUCAUGAUAUGACCAAAUCAGAGUUAGACAUUUACCUCGAGGAGAAAUGUCUACCUAUGAAGUCCAACUUGAACAUACUAGAUUGGUGGAAAGCAAAUGCUGCAACGUAUAAGGUUCUCUCGUAUAUGGCAAGAGAUGUGUUUGCUAUUCCGAUAUCUACAGUUGCUUCUGAGUCAGCUUUCAAUACAUCGAGUCAUGUACUCUAUCACUUUCGGAGUUCUUUAAGUACACCCAUUGUGGAAGCAUUAGUUUGUGCACAAGAUUGGUUGAGAUAUGCAUAUACCCCAACUACUUUUGAGGAUUACUUGAUGGAUGCAGAAAGUUAUAACUCAGAAAUUAAUGCAAAUGAGGCGAGCAAUUUAGAGCAUGGAGCAUGA